UGGUGCUGGUGGAGCGCGCAGCAGGAGGUGCAUUGUCUGUAUGCAAACUGGACGACAUGGCUAUUGUAUGCGUGUGGGCAUAUAUGGAGGCAUCGAUGGCUCGGAGGAUACAGCCCGUCUGAAGUCUCAGGAGUAGAGAGUCGCCCUUUGGCUGUUACAGCGCGUUUCUCUGUUUCCAUCAUUACCCGCUCGGGUCCGUCGUUAUGAGUUGCCUGGAUGUGAUGUACCACCAAAGCUAUGGAGCGCACUUCCACCCUGCAGCGGCGUACAAGGCGACGUACUACAACCACCAUCACCAGCAACAACAGAGGAGGCUGAGUGUUUACAGUAAGAGGCAGGAGUGUAUGGAGCAGCAGCAGCAGCAAGGAGGAGGAAGAGCGAUGCUUUCCAGAGAUCAGGGCCUCCGGCAGGGUCUUGCAGCACCAGGGACUGAAUCAAUCCGUAGAUCUAUGUCCGAUUCUGAGCUGAAGGAUGGUCCUCAACCAGCAGAGGCAGAGUACUUGAGCUCCCGGUGUGUUUUGUUCACCUACUUCCAAGGCGACAUCGGGGACGUGGUAGACGAGCACUUCUCCCGCGCUCUCAGCCAGUCCAGCACCUUCAACAGCGAAACCAAACCAAUCAGAGUGACUCAGCCUUCAGCCACAGGAGGCUUAUGGAAAGAUGGUGGGUCUCUCUCUGAGGGGCAGAGCAGCUCAGUUUGGAACAGCACGUAUCCAUCCCAGGCCAGUCCUUGCCUCCCGUCUGUCUCGGUGUCAGUCCACCCAGACUUCUCCUCCAGCCCGGUGUCCUUCAACCACCCAGAUGCAGCUCUCUGGGCCGACCAUGUUCUCUCCCAGGCCGGCCUUCCCCCUCCGGCUACCCUCCCUGAGAGCUGGACCUACAGCCUGAAUCCCCAGAGCCAAAGUGGCUACCCCAAUGUCCACAACGUCUAUCACCCUCAUCCCCACAUCCACACCCGGCACCACCACCCCAUGCUCCAUCCAUACCCCACCCACAGCCCAGCCUUGGAUCCCAGGUUUAAUCCGCUGCUGCUGCCCGCUGUUAGGAACCAGAACCAGCCGAGCACCAGCACAGCGAGUUCCCCGCACAGUGAGGGGGUGAAGACGGAGAUGCAGCCCAGCAGCAGCAGCCCCGUCCCGGCUACCUCUGUGACCUGGUCCCCGUCCUCCCUCCAUGGGUCCCUGGAGGGGUAUGACUCAGCUCUUGAUCAAACCAAGGCAAAGUCGUCAGUUUGGUUCUAACGGAUGUACGGACAAUAAGAAGGAUUAUCAAUUCAAACCAAAAAGGACCUAUUAUGUGGCUCUAUCGAUGUAUGGCUGCAACACCAGCACUGUAAUGUAAGAUGUAGAAAGAAGGCUUUCUGUAGCUAAGACUAUGAAUCCUGCACUGUCCACACAACGUAUUAUGGAGAUGAACUCAGACUUUGGACUAAAUUGACAGUGAUCUACUGCUCUGGCUGCAGGUCAAGGCCCUGGAAGAACAAUUUAAACAGACUACUAGCUUUAAGAAUGGGAGGAUUCUUCUUCCCUGAAGGCACAAAACACCAUUUUGCUUUCGUUCAAUGUGAGACCAAAUGGUUCUGUUUCAAGAGCUUGGUUUUGAUCCACAUUGUGUUUUGUACAGUAAAUGUUAUUGAUGGGUUGUUGUGUACAGUUUUGCCAUGCUAAGUUGUUUUUGCUGGAUGACUCUUGCUAAAAUUCUUGCCUGAAUGCUACUUUGCUAUUUUUGCCUUAAGGGAUUGUGAAGUGUAAAUAUUGGUACUGUUUGUUUAAGUAAUAAAUUGUUGAACUGAA